AUGAAUGGAGAAAAGACAUUGAUGCUUAUAACCGAUCGAUUUAGCGGUUUUAUCUGGGACUUUUAUAUGACGUCGCACAAAAGCGUGGAGAUCUUAGAAACUCUGAAAUGGUUCUUUGAAUAUCUGAAAAAGCACCAUGAUGUUAGUCUGAUCAAGAUUGAGAUGGAUAAUGAGAUAUUCUUACACCGACCUGAGGUAAAGGAGUGGCUGAUUACCAAACAUGUUACUAUCGAGCCCUCAAUGGCAAAUAAUCAAGGACAAAACGGUGCCGCUGAGCGCUCAGGGGGUGUCAUCAAGGAUAAGGCUAGAGCCAUGAGAAAUGGUGCAAAGUUACCUACGGAUUUAUGGUCAGAAAUAUAUCGAGCCUCAAUCUAUCUUUACAACCGUACCCCAAAGUUCAUGUACAACUGGAAAACGCCAUACGAUAGGUUCCAUACUUACGUUGCUUUGCAAAAUGGAAUUUGCAUACAAGAUCAGAAACCUCAACUUGCUCACCUGAAGGUAUAUGGCUGUAAAGCAUAUGCCCUCACAUCGGAGUAUCAACUCAAGAAAAAUCGACUUCAACGCUUCAAUCCGCGAGCAUGGGUAGGCUAUCUCGUUGGAUAUAACUCAACAAAUGUUUAUAGGAUUUGGAAUCCUUUGACAGGGAGGAUCGUGCGAGCAAGGGACGUUAUUUUUAACGAGGAUGAAGUCUUCAGUGGAGAUAUCCAAGAUAUUAAGGAUGAUCUCCUUCAUGUGUCUGUUGAAGAACUGACAAUCUUGCUGAAUAAGAUAGAUAUCCGAGUACAGUCAGGUGAAGUCGAAGAUAAUGCUAACUUUGGAGAUGAGAUGGAGGAUUUGGUGUUUGACCGAAAUAGGCACAACGAUGAGCGUACGACAACAACAGGCUCGGUGACUAGUUCUGGAUUUGAAGAUUCAAGUCAGCUUGAUUCGGACUAUCCAAGCGGCCCAUCUCUGACGCCAGGAGAAGGAUUGUUAGAGGGGAUUAAUAAAUAUGCUUAUCCUACACCUCCAGAUACGCCUCCGAGCGCACUGUUGGCGGCUAGCAUAACUAUCGUCCAUGAAAAUGACCUCAACCUCCGUCAGAGCUCUGAGCACGCAGCUGGAACGUCAACUGGCGGGGUCAGGCCCAGAGGGUCGCUCGUUCAGGAAGCAACCACCAAGGAAGGUCCCAGAGGGGCUCUUGAUGGUGUAGGCACGGUCAGGUCCAGAGGAUCGCGUGCUGAGUUUGGGGACAGGCCCAGAGGGUCGCCCAAUCUGCGUGACUCCAUGGUAGGUCUCAGAGAGGCUCAUGGCAGGCAUAUCCUUGAGGACAGACCCAGAGGGUCGCUUGAGAAGAACGGGGUAGGCUUCAGAGAGGCUCCUGUUAAAACCGUCGCCGCUGCUUUGACUACGCAACGAGGAGAGCUCAAUCCUUGGAGGUUUGCUUUUCUAGCAGGCACACGACAUCGUCAGUAUGAGGUGAACACAGUCAAAUUUGAUCACGUGAGCCUCCAACGACGUCUAAGGUCAGGACGUCGACUUCAGUCAGUUCUAGUCCGUGACCUACCGCCUGCUCCCAAGAGUCACCGUGAAGUGGAAAAACAUCCUUUAGGUUGGUUAUUUGAGGAGGCUGAGAGAGAUCACCUUAAAAGUCACGAUCCAUCUGGCUCUUGGACAACGGUGCCUAUCGGUAAGGCAAAAGGAAAGCAGAUUCUCGAUUGUAUGUGGGUAUAUGUCUAUAAGCAGGACAAGAAAGGUCGUCUAGUCAAGUGCAAGGCACGACUCGUGGUAAGAGGUGAUCAAGAGAAAAGAGAUGAUACAAGGGACAUGUAUGCUGCUACUCUUGCUGCGAGAUCUUUUAGGACAUUUAUGGCUAUUGCUGCGCGCUUCAAUCUGGAACUCAAGCAAUAUGACGCUGUCAAUGCCUUCGUUAAUGCCAUACUGGACGAAGAGAUCUUUAUGAGAAUGGCUCCUGGAUAUCGUGAGUCUGGAAAAAUAUAUCGACUAAACAAGGCUCUUUACGGAUUGCGUAGAUCACCACUCCUAUGGCAAAAGGAACUUACCAGCACCCUCAUAGAGUUGGGUUUCAAAACAGUGCCUCACGAACUGUGUUGCAUGUUGAAAUCUGGGAUCAUACUGUUCUUUUAUGUAGACGAUAUCGUUGUCGCAUAUAAGAAGAGCCACCAACCAGAAGCUGACUCAGUCAUGAACCAACUUCGUGCCAAAUACAAAAUAUCCGGAGGAGGAGACCUGGAGUGGUUCCUAGGUAUGAGAGUUAUACGGGAUCGAAGCAAUAAGGUGAUCUGGCUCAGUCAAGCCACCUAUAUCGAUAAAAUUGCGAAGUUAGCCGACACUCAACAAACUGACGACACACCAAUGGCUCGAGAAGAAUUACUCCCAUACAAAGGAAUGGCCACCUACAAAAGUAACCAUCAAUAUCAACGGAAAGUUGGCUCAAUCAUGUAUGCGGCACACCAUCAAGCUGCUGACAAGGUUUUAUGCUACCUCGAACGUCAUCGUGCGUACGCCUUGAGGCUUGGAGGAGGUGAAGAUUAUUCAGUAUCAACAGACGCCUCCUUUGCAGAUAAUACACUUGACCGUAAGAGCUCGCAAGCAUACGUCAUGACACUUUUUGGUGGAACGAUAGGAUGGCAAGCGAACAAGCAGGAUACGGUAACAACGUCAACCACUGAAGCUGAACUGUUAGCUCUCGCUCAGGGGGUGAAAGAAGGCAAAUAUGUCCUUCGAUUGCUUCUGGAGCUGGAGAUACGUUUUAGAACACCUACUCUUCACGUUUUCUGCGAUAACCAGCAAACUCUAGGAUUGCUGGAGAAGGACGCUCCGCGACUGCGUACGAAGCUCCGACACGUCGAUAUUCAUAAUCACUGGGUACGACAAGAGGUGCAGAAGGGAGACAUCCAAGUGCACUAUAUGCCCACAAAAGAUAUGAUUGCCAACGGCCUGACCAAGGCACUCAGCAAACAGGAACACCAAAAGUUCCUCAAUCAGAUCGGAGUAGAGGAUAUCGACAGCUAUCUCACUCCCCAGCAAAAGAAUAUGGAGAACCCGGAUAUCGAAGAAUUACUUUCUCUCAAUGACGUGCCCGACAACUUAUGAAGCUAUUCCAGCUUUGCAAGCAGUUGCUUUCUGCAGCUGAGGGGGUGUAUCAGAUAAUCCAGCUUUCAAACGAGGCAGAAAGAUCGACUGUUUAAUCUUACAGGUCUAAAAGGCACCUUUAGGCAUAUAUCUGGGCACCUAGAUUUCAGCCCAAUAUUUACCCCUCCUGAUAGCUCACAAAUCACCCCGCCAAAGGUGUCUAUAAAGGACCCGGCUUUAAAGACUUGAAAGACAGACACAGAACUGAAUACAUACAAUCUUGCUAGUC